AUGGGAGAUACUGAAGCUCAAGAUUAUGUACAGUUAGGAGAAGGGUCCGGUUCUCAAAAUAACAGAGAAGCGGAAGAACUUGAAAUUCAAAAUAUUAUAUCAAACGAAACUGAGCCACAGACUAACACUACAAGUAUUGAACUUUUAAAUGAUUCUCAAGACGUACACUUAUUUACAUUGAGUGGACAAGAAUGCCUUGAAUUAUCUUCUUUAAUUAACUUACCUGGACCUACAAAACACCCCGAAGACAUACCCUUAAGAAACCUGUUGAAAAGCUUGAAUCAAGAACAUUUGUACGACGUUCUAAACGAUGCGGGCAUUGACGUAGAAAUUCUGAAAAUUAUAAAGUGGUAUCAUAUCCAAGCAGUAUUAAAGAAUUUUAUGAUAAGCGACCAAAUCGUUUUUGAACGUAAUAUUGAGCAAUGGCGCAAAGAUAUUGGUGCACCGUUAGUUAUUUCAUUUCCAGUGUCAGAUUAUGCAUUUAGUCCAACACAUUCUUCCUCAAUGUGGUCAAUUCAUAGCCUUUCACCAUCAUCGCCAUCGCAAUCACCAGAGCCAAAUGAAAGCUACAUCAGCUUGUCCACAAUUCUCGAAGAAAAAAAUAAAGGAAAGCAGUUGAUGGAGUUUUACAAAAGAAAUAAUUGCUUUCAACAACAACAACGUGACUUACUAAUUAAUCUGAUUGCCACCUAUUUCGACGAAAAUAACAUCCAUCUUUCCCUUUGUUCAAGUCAAAAAUUAGAAGAGGAAAUAACUCAUAUGUUUCCUUCUGAAAAAACUGAGUUUUAUCGAAUGGGAAAAAGAGGGAAAAUUUAUUUCAAAUACUUCAAUUUAAGAAGACACUCACGAAAAUUGAAACCUGCAAAGAGAAAACUUAUUUCUCCACAAAAAAAAACUAAUAAAUCAUUCCAUCCAGAGACAGAUGCCGAAACUUGUUUGAAUAGCCUGAAGUAUGAUAAUUUAUCAGUCGAAGAAUUCGAUAGUUUGUGGGCGUCAUGUAGCCAAUUUCGACUGAACGAUAUAUUUAACUCCACAAAACAAACCGAAAUAUUUGAAAAAUGGCCCUUUUAUAAAAAACCCAAUGGAUAUAGACUGAUCGAUAAAGACUUUCAAACGCUAUAUCCAACCAGCACAUCAAUACUUUCCUUGUGGCAAGACCAUUGGAAAACAUUAAAAAACUUCUUGAUGGAAAACAUUAAGGACAAGAAGGUUACAGAAUCAUUGAAAGACUUGGGAGAUACAAAUUUUGGAGAAGAUGAUUUUGUGCUGGAGAUACUUAAAAGUAUUCACUUCUACUUAUUUCCAACAGCAGCAGUUUCAAGAAAAUCUAACACCGGGGCCAAGUCAAGAAGCAAGUUCACCAUCAAAGAUUCACUGAUGGCAUUCAUCUUUGAAGGGGAGACGACCCAAGUAUUAGAGGACCACAUAACAUUCUUGAAAUCCAGAGGUGAAACCAUUCAACCUCUAAUACUGGCGUUAAGGGAAAAAAAUGAGUACUUUAUCUUGUUGGAUGACUACAAACUAAAGACAACUAAUGUCUUAAGAGCUGUGGACAUCUGCUUCAAAUGCUUCUUUUUAUUCAACUUAAAAUAUCCACCAGCGUGCGAGAAUUUCUGGGAUUUCAUUGAACUUUAUUUUUACAUGAAAACAAACACAAAUAAAACCAAAAAGAUGAAUCCAAAACUGUCAACAAUGCUGCAUACGUUAAGUACAUAAUUUAAUUUAAUUAUAAACAUAAGGAACUUAAUUUGUUGUUUUUAUUUUUGGAGUAUUAUUUCUCGUAUCGCAAUGUUUUAUAACAUCUUUGCUUUGCUAAAUAUGCUUACUACAUUCUUAAUAAUAAGAGCUAUAAUUGA